UUAGGCUUUAAUGACAAUAUCUUCUAAGAUUAAUGCAAAUAAAAGGAAAUCUACCCAAAUACGAUAUCAUGCAAGAUAUCUCUUAUUUCUUAACAAAAAUAACAAACAUGCAGAUAUUCUUGCAUGGUUAACGAAUAUUCUUUCGCUGAUCUCUUCCUUUCAAAUAAGAUUCUGCCAUAUCUUGCACUACAUCACCCAACCAAAUUCUUCUAAUAUAUAUCAACUGGCUCCAGGUUUUAGGUUUCAUCCAACUGAUGAGGAACUCAUAGUUCACUACUUGAGAAGCAAAGUCACUUCACUUCCCAUCCAAGCUUGUGUUGUCGCUGAAGUUGAUCUCUAUAAGUUUAACCCUUGGGAUUUACCAAAGAAGGCUACUUAUGGAGAAAAUGAAUGGUUCUUUUUUACUCCAAGGGAAAGGAAGUAUCCAAAAGGAGCCAGGCCAAACAGGAAAGCAGCUUCAGGUUAUUGGAAGGCAACGGGAACAGAUAAACCAAUUCUCACUUCUUGUGGGUCUCAUGCUAUCGGGGUCAAAAAAGCUCUAGUUUUCUACAAAGGUCACCCAGCUAACGACACGAAAACAAACUGGAUCAUGCAUGAAUAUAGAUUACUCGGAAACAUGUUCCAGCCUUCACGGGAGCGGGGAUCCAUGACGUUAGACGACUGGGUACUUUGUCGAGUACGGGAGAAAGACGACACCCAGAGAAAAAUGUGGCAAGGUCAAAGCAGUUAUAAGGCUGAACCCUUAGGACUAAUCCCGCAGGUUGCAGAGCCAUGCCCGAAAAUAAUAAACCCUUCCCCUGAUACAGUUACGGAAUAUCUCAACAAUGGCUGUUCACUACUGGCUUACAUCCUCGCUGCUCAUGAGGUUCCUCGUGUCGAGAACAGAUCAACGCUAAAUUGUGGAGAUGGAAAUGUUAAUAAAAACAACAGUACUGGAAUCCUAUCCGGUGGAAGUUUGCAAGGUGGAAAUGUUAAUAAUUACAGUAUUACUUCAAUCCAAAAAGAUAUGACGGUCCUGCAAACAACAGUCGUUGCAGACUCUUGCAUUAGUAACCUGAUCAAUCCAUUGAAGAGGAAGCCGAAUGAAGAGCAUGCAGAUUAUGAGUAUCCCGGCCAAUCAAACAGGAAGCUAAACACCUUCAAUCCUAAUAUGUUUACCUAUGGGUAUUAA